AUGCGUGUGCCCGAAGAGCCGUCCUCUGAAGAGGAAUGGAGUGAGGAGGAGAGUGGGACGGUUCAGCCGUGGGACUCGAAUGACGAGCUUGACUUUACUCCCGGCAUGCCAUGGUGGCAGGCGACAUUCAGCCUGGUUGUUGUGGUUAUUGGCGUGGGAGUUAUGGCGUUACCACAGUUGCCCAUGAAGGGCGGCUGGUGCAUGUCAAUCUUGUCAAUGCUUGCAUGCUACAUGGCCAUCACGGAAUCCGGCAUUGCGAUGUGGAAGGGCGUCAUGGCUGGCAAUCACGCCGACGCUAAGGAUCUUGCUUCCAAGGCCAUCGUUUCAUAUGAAGAUUUUGGGAAAGCUGCCUUUGGCAAGACAGGGGAGGCUGUGGUCCUGCUAAUGAUGAUGCUCUACUUCCUCGGCGUCGUGGCGAGUUUUGGCGUGCUUAUUGCUGAGGAGUUGGAGAACCUCAUUGGGCACAUCAGCAAGAAGGAGUGGUUGCUUGCCUUUGCCCCCAUAAUGAUCCUGAUGUCGCAACUGCCAAACGUCACAGCAGUCGCAAAGAUGACCCCCCUGGCCGUGUUUUGCAUCCUCAUCCUCGUGGGCGUGAUCAUCUCCAAGUCAGUCUUGGAUGCUCAGCGCUGGCAAGAAUGGCCCGAUCCGGCGAAGCUGCAUAGAGAUUGGCCACAGGACCCCAUGGCUAUGGGCACGGUCGUCGCAAGCAUGUUUGGGGCCUUUGGCGUGAACGGAAACGUGCCCUCGAUCCUGUGUGAGAUGAAGGACCCAAUGGAGUUUCCGUUUGCUUACAAGACCGUGCUUGGUUAG